AUGACCAAUCAGAGAGAACAUAUACGGCAAAUCGUCGUAUGGGAAAGACAACCAAGAAAUAAUAACAUGAAAAAACUUUUUAUAAUUUUUAUCAUUUCAUUAAUUGUCUACGUACAUCAACUUUUCACAAAAUAUGAUUCGUGCAAUUGUAAUAGAGAUGAUUUAUUCAUGGAAGAAUUGAAAAAAUUAUAUAAAGAAAUCGAUUUUUUGUCAAGAUAUGAUAUUAAGAAAAUUGAAAUAAUCAAUUCAAUGUAUGAAUCAUUUUCUAUUGAACACAGGGAAGAUAUCAGAAAGGCUAUCAUCAAUGCAAACAUUCAACUAUUUAAUAGUAAUGAAAGUUAUUUAGUCGAAUACAAACCAUAUCAUACAUUUAUUAUGUGUAUAAGAAAACAACAUAAACCUAACGAUAUAAUGGAAUACAUUUGCGACUGUUCAAUCACUAUAAAUCAUGUAAACCAAUUUUUGGAUAUUUACAGAUGA